AUGGCCCAAUCGCUCCGUAGCCAAUUCGCCACCGACAAGGCUGUCUUGCAAAAGUUUUUGAAUCUCGACCAGAAGGGAAGAUUCCAGGCCACCUACGUUUGGAUCGAUGGAUCUGGUGAGAACGUUCGCUCAAAAACCCGUACCUUCGAUUUUGAGCCAACGGAUCCAAGCCAACUUCCAAUCUGGAACUUCGAUGGAUCAUCGACAGGACAAGCCGAAGGAGCUGAUUCGGAUGUCUACCUCAAGCCGGUGGCCAUCUAUCCGGACCCGUUCAGACAGGGACGCAACAAGCUCGUCAUGUGCGAGACGUUGGACAACAAGAAGAAGCCAACAGCCACCAACAACCGCGACCGAUGCGUGCAAGUUAUGAACAAAGCCAAGGACCAACAUCCGUGGUUCGGUAUGGAGCAGGAGUACACGCUUCUCGACAUUGAUGGACAUCCGUUCGGAUGGCCAAAGAAUGGAUUCCCUGGACCACAGGGCCCUUACUACUGCGGCGUUGGAGCCAACAAGGUCUACGGACGCGACAUUGUUGAGGCUCACUAUCGUGCCUGCCUCUACGCCGGAAUCAACAUUUCGGGAACCAACGCCGAAGUCAUGCCAGGACAAUGGGAGUUCCAAGUCGGACCAUGCGAGGGAAUCGAGAUGGGAGACCAGCUUUGGAUUGCUCGUUAUCUCCUCGUCCGCGUCGCUGAGGAAUUUGGAGUUAUUGCUUCGUUUGAUUGCAAGCCGAUCAAGGGAGACUGGAACGGUGCCGGAUGCCAUACCAACUUCUCGACGGAGAAGAUGCGUCAGCCGGGAGGAAUCAAUGAGAUUACUGAUGCCAUCAACAAACUUUCGCUUGUUCAUGCUCAGCACAUCGCUUACUACGAUCCACAUGGUGGAAAGGACAACGAACGCCGUUUGACUGGACUCCACGAGACCGCAAAGAUCGAUCAAUUCUCGUACGGAGUCGCUUCUCGUGCUUCGUCGAUCCGCAUUCCGCGAUCGACCGAUGACGAUGGUUAUGGAUACUUCGAGGACCGUCGUCCAUCGUCGAACUGCGACCCAUACACAGUGACCGCUGCUCUCGUCAGAACCGUGUGUCUUGAAGGAGCCGAACGUAAAUUGUCGAUGAUGUACGUCCCAAGCAGUGCCCCACAACAGCCAAAGGCUAACUAA